AUGUCGAACAGUAUCAUCGCAAAUGCAACCGCUGCGCUAAGCGCAAUCACGCCUGUUAACGACAACAUCGGAGGGACGACACAAGGGAAUCAAAGCUCCUCAAGCAGUGAAGACUCAAGCGGAUCCCGACCUCAAGGAUCCUUUGGAAAAUAUAACAAGCAGAUGUUGAUAUCAAACUACCUCAACAGAGGCAAAGAAACGGGUAACCAAACUAAGCAACCUACGGGAAACAUUGCAGACAAAGGAAAAGAAAUAGGACAAAUCUACAAAAUUCUUUUGUCAGAUCCAGAAAAGUCGAACCAAGGCGGAGCGGUAGACACUCUGAUAGUAGAGAAAGGCUACAGACAAGGCCCUACCUCAACGGAUACCGAUGAAGAAGAAGGUUCUGAAUUUGAAGGUCAGGAUUCCGAUAUGCCUCACCUGUCUGGCGAUGAAGACGGAAACCUACAACAACAACCCAAGCGUCAUAAGCAACCAGUCGAGCGACCCACGAUGGAAAAUUAUCAUCACCUCGGCAUUGAGUGGGGGCAAGCAAAGGCCGAUCGAACAUUAUCUCGUAUCCAUGUGACCACCACUCGACCUUCACCUAUCGCCUUGUUUGAAGCUCAAUCACUCCAAGCUCAAUACAAUCUUGACAAAACGAUGCUAUGUAUUGUUCAUCAUAUCACACGUGAUACCCUAGACGAAUCUUUACACGAAGGCCCAAUGGCCCGUGAACCAAACAAAUAUACAAAUUACCUAUCAUAUAGCUUAGCCAGCACCCAAGCCAAAAUGCCUCCCAAAGGUGUAGCCACUGGCUUUAAACGACGCAAUGAACUCGUAGGAAGCACCUGGACAGCUUACUCCCAAGACGAACGAGACGUGUUUCACCCGCAGAUUUUCGAACGCCUCUGUCAACAAAGUAUGGAAACACCAGAGCCCACUGUGGAUACAGCCGAUACCGAUACACCCGAAGCUGAGGAAGUAACUCCUGUAUCAACCCAAGAAGACGAACCACUCAGCAAAGAACAAAUAACUAAGUAUAUGCCACUCUUUCAUCGACUUGUCAACAUCCAAUCAGUUGCUCGCGACUUCAAACACGGAGUCCUUUGCCGGCAUAGCGGGAAAACACAACAUCUCCAACAAGUCGCCAAAGCCGAGUUGAAGAAAGUUGUCAAACAGUUAUUUAAAAUUCACGAUAAAUUCGGAUUUCAUUUCCACCUACUCAUGUCUGCAUGGAAGCCCGAAUCGAAAGCUACUCAUGCUUUGUAUCAAGACGAAGAGUCGUCGUGUGCAGCCUGGCUUGAUUUUGCACGGACGGAGUUUCACUUACUCGAAAGGUUUGCGGUUGAAUCAACACAAGCACCACCGCCAAAACCCAACCCAAAGAAAGGGCAAAAACAACCUAUCUCACGUGUUGUUCAAGCUGAAAAGCGAAAAGAGCUCCUUACACUACUUAAUGGCCUUGUUGAAGCCCACCUUCCAACAGGUCGACAAACACAAACCGAGACACAUCCCCAAACUCCCAAUCCCAGCGUCACUUUCGCAAUCAGACGAUAUCGCGGCCAUAUACAUCUUGCUAUACUACGUCUUCCAGGAUGUAUGGUUACUGAUGAGAUGCUUUCACGAGGUGCAGCAGCUGGCAAGCUUACAGGCCUGCAAGUCGAAACAUGGAUCAAUGCUGUCAACGAGAAAACAUACCUCAUUGUCAAGGCUGACGAUCCUAGACUAGCAGGGGAAACCCAUAAUUUGGAGGAAUGA